AUGGCCAAUAUUUUCUCUAAUAUUGUUGUUACCCAUGACAAGGAAACUGAUUCAGAAAAUAACGAGUUCGAAAAAGAAGACGAACAAACAAUCUGUGAAAUAUGCAAAAGGCAAUUUUCGAAGUAUACUUGUCCGCGUUGUAAUAUUCGAUAUUGUUCUUUGAACUGCUAUAAAAAUGAGCAACACAAUACUUGCACAGAAAAUUUCUACAAAAGUAGCAUCAUCGAGGAAAUAAAGAGCAAAAAUAUGGGUGACGAAGAAAAGCAAAAAAUGGUUGAACUCUUGCAACGAUUUGAACGAGAAGGUGAUGAAAUGGCUGCAGAAGAAUUGAUGGAUGAUACUGAUGAGGAGGUUGAAAAUAACGAUGAUUUAUUUGAAAGAUUCAAAAAUUUGGAUAUUGGGUCAGCUUCUUUUGAGACAAUAUGGAGUCAUUUAAAUGCACGUGAGAGAGAAAAAAUAGAGCAAGAAUUUGAGAAAGUUUCUCGAACAGGCAAAAUGGGAAAUUUGACGGCAGAAAUUGCUUCAGAGAUAAAAUUAUGGCAACCUUGGUGGGCAACAAACCAAGACGAGACAAUCAAAUCAACUAAAAUACAAAGUUUAGACGAGAUGGAGGAAACGCGUGAACCUUCAAUUCUUGAAAAUAUCCAACCAUUGGAAGAAUUGACUAAAACGCCGCCAGAUCCAGCUAUCGUAUUCCAUUUAGUGAAUAUUUUAUUCGCAUAUGCUCAUACAUGUCGAUAUUUGAACGGAGAGCUCUUCGAGGAUUCACAAGAAACUUGUCAUAUUCUCUUGGAUUUAUCCUCAAGUUUGUCUUCGAAAACAACGUUUGUCUAUGAGAAUGUAUCUGAGGCUAUCUCAGUGAAUUUGCGGUCCAUUGCUGAGCACUCCAAACAUACACAAUCACCGGAAUUCACGAUAACCGUGCUCAAAGACCUGAUGGAUAUUCUUACGUCUGCUAACAACGUUCUCAUCGCUCUUACUGAUCUCUAUAACCUUUUUCAUAACAUUAACUCUAAUUCUAUGAGUGUUGAUCCUUCUCUGACCCAAAAGAAUCGGCUAUCUCGCGAAGAAAGAAAACAAGCUUUUUUCACAGAAAAGAAAAUUUAUUUCUAUUUGGUCUACGCCAACUCUGUAUUGAAAGAGAAUACCGAGCUCUUGGAAGGAUUAAAGUACGCCGUGGAGCUUGAUCGACAUACGCGUAGACGAGAGUUCCAGGAAUUCUGCAAAGGAAAAGGAAUAAUGGAGCGAUAUUUAAAAAGUGGCAAAAAGGAACAUGCAAAGGAUAAUUUGAUUGAAGUGCUUCCUUACCAACCCGCUUCCAAAAAAUAA